AUGAGCCAGGUACGUGCCUUUCAGCAUGCUUUCAGCACCAAUGAUUGUUCCAGAAAUGUUUAUAUUAAGAAGAAUGGAUUUACUUUGCACCGGAAUCCCAUUGCUCAGAGUACCGAUGGAGCAAGGACCAAGAUUGGCUUCAGUGAAGGCCGUCAUGCUUGGGAAGUCUGGUGGGAAGGUCCUCUUGGUACAGUGGCAGUGAUUGGAAUCGCUACAAAAAGAGCUCCCAUGCAGUGUCAAGGUUAUGUAGCCCUCCUGGGGAGUGAUGACCAGAGCUGGGGCUGGAAUUUAGUGGACAAUAAUUUAUUACAUAAUGGAGAAGUCAAUGGCAGUUUUCCACAGUGCAACAAUGCCCCAAAAUAUCAAAUAGGUGAGAGAAUUCGUGUUAUCCUGGAUAUGGAAGACAAGACCUUGGCUUUUGAGAGAGGCUAUGAGUUCUUAGGAGUUGCAUUUCGAGGACUGCCAAAGACAUGUCUGUAUCCAGCAGUGUCUGCUGUAUAUGGCAACACUGAGCAAGAACAUGAAAAUCAAGUUGACAAUGUGGAGAAACCUGCAUAUUGGUUAACAGGACAGCAUGAGGAAAAUACAUGGAUGUGUGCUCAAGAAACCAAAACUUUUGAUUAAAAAGACCAACUGUUCUUAACAGAGUGCACUGACAUUUCCUUUUUCUGCCGGACCAGAAAAAUUCCUCAGGGGCGGGGGGGGUUUACAGUUAAACAGGCAGUUAACCACAAGCAUGUUGCAUUGGAUUUUGUACCAAGAGUGGCAAUAUGGAAUCCUGUAUAUACGUAAGGAAUUGUUUCAUAGAAGUAAUUGCGGAAGUUAUCUAAUAUGUGAGAGUAACGUGUUCUGUGGAAAAGGUUUCCAUUUUGAAAGCAAUUUGUUCUUUUCCAACCUUUAAUCCAGUGUGUCUUACCAAAGGUAAUAAACUUGGAUUUUAUUUAAUAUAUUUUGGUUGUGCUUGGAGCACUGAUUCUGGAGAUCAGUUUUCCAGAGCUAUAUUGUGCAGCUAUACUGAAGUGUAUUUUAAAAAUUGUACAGAAGCUAAAAAUCGAAUGAUAGAAAGGUUUGCUAACCAGUAUGUAAUUUCUCAAAUGGAAAAACCACUACAUGUCAAAUGUCAAUCUUUGUCUAGGGAUUGGACAAAAUAUAUACAGGUGCAUUUCUGUUUUGUUGUGCCACAUCUCUUUUGGCAAAAGGAGCAAUGUAUGCUUAUUAAAUAAUGGUUGAGAUUGAUCAAUAGAAUAGUAUAUAUAUGGAAGGGUAAAAUUUAUUUCUAAUGUAUUUUGAAAAAUUAGGUUUCCAAAGUAUUUCCAAAUAGCAGUCAUUUCAAAAUAUUCAAUUCCUUAAAUUAAAUCAACUGAAAUUUAAACAGGAAUUCCAUCCCUGAUACACAAAUUUCAGUAUGGGUAGCUUUAAUUUUGUUAACAUUUAUUACAAAAACUGAAAAUAAUUUGUAAAAAGUUAAUGAAUUUUAUGUGAUGGAAGUACUUGUGGAUGAUAGAAUGGUUGUCCUUUCUCACAUUAGUUUUCCCCCAGAUUACCCUAUAUCUUUGCCAUUCCCUGGUAUCCAUUGCCUGCACAAUUUAUCUUUUAACUUUGUAAUUCCACAGGCCAGCUGUUGGUACUAAAUGUUAUUUUGUUUAUAAAUCUAUUUAUUUAAAGAUAUUGAUAAAACACUUUCAGUGCAAUCCUAUGCAUAUUUCUUUCAAAAGCAUAUCAGAUGAUAUUCAAACAGUUUUUUCCACAUAUGCAUAGAAUUGUGUCAUUUGGGAGGAAAUAAAUAUUGUUUACAUUAUUUUCUACAUAAUCUGAAAUACAUGGUCUUGCAGACAUCAGAUAAUUCCUUAAAUAUGUAAAAGAAAACAUUAAAGAUAUUUUUUUAUUUUUGUUCAAGCCGGGAAAUGCUGAUUGAGUUCUAUGAGUGCUGCUAAAUACAUGUUUUAUAUAUUUUUUAAAAGGCUUCUAACCUAUGGCUGAAAAGUACAUUUACUCCACAAAAAGUUUGGAAUGGUAGUAUUUAAGCCAGCAUUUGAUCCCCAAUACUUGGCAGUAGCUAUAGACAUGUUUGUCUUUUUCAUUUCUAUUGUUUUUCUUGGCUUUACCAGCUUGCUAUCUGUCCUUCACUUUGGCAAAUAAGGCUCUGUGACAAAAAGAAAUUGGUUAAUUGUUCUGGAAUAUGUCUUUUUUUUAUCAGCCUUUUUUUUAUAAAGACACAAGACAUUGAUGGUGAUAGCAUUAGGCUAAUUAAGAAGAGACUCCCCAUUAUAAGCUACUAGCAAUUUAAGAAAAACCAGAAAAGGAAAUUUUAAAAGAAGAAAAGAGAAAGACUUUACUAAGAGAAUUCAGUGUUUGCAUGUUCUGUACUAUUUGGGUUUGGCUCCCUUCCGGAUUUAUCCAUUCAUGCUCAGAUACCACUAAAUUGUGUUUGAAAGCAGCAUGUGUAGAUUGAUGUUCUUAAAAUGUUUGUUCUAUAUAUGUAGUAUUUCACUGAAUAGAACAAGUUCAUUCCUGGCAUGUUUCUACAGCAAAGUCAGAACAAGGCUAUGAAAUGACUUUUAACAUGUGGUACUAAGAAGUCAUGAAUAAAGUGGGAAUAAUGUGAGAUUUCAAGAAACAGUUUAUUUAUACAGUGCUGUAAAAUGCAUCACUACGGUAAGUAAAACUCUGGCAUGGGCUGAUAUAAAAGUAAAACUUCCAUUAAAUUAACUGUCUCUGUGCAAUCUUGGAUAGAUUUUUUUUCUGUUUUUCUAUACAAAGAAUAAUCUAUCCUGUAUAAGGUUUCAGGGGAUGUGCAAAAUUCAUAAAUUUGGUAACAUUUGAAUGCCAGAAUGAUCUAUUCCCCUCCAGAUUGUGUCCUUUUGGAGGUGUUAAAAGUUCUCUGGAACUUUCAAUUCCAAAUCGUUGAGUUUUGUAGAUUCUUAGAAGAAACUUCUUCCCUGUUAAUAUAGAAUGCCUUUCCUUCUUUCUAAUACAUGUGCAUAACCCUUUUGCAAAUUGUUCCCAUCUGUCUCAAGGAAUUAUUAAUCAACCUAUGUAUAUAGAAUUCUUAUAACUUAUUACCUGAAGACCAAUUUCAAGCUGUACAAAAUACUGAAAUAAAUUGCUAAAAUAUGAAAAUAUUA